AUAUUAAUUUGCUGAUUACACUAGCAGAUUUCCCAUACGAGCUCGGAUGCGCUUGUGAGGAGAAGCGUUAAACUGGCGAUGUCUUGCCAACUAAAAACAUUAACUUCAAUCCUUAUAUUAUCAGCAAUCUCACUUAAUCUCAAUAGUCUUCAUUCUAGCGCUACGGCAAAGCGGGAAGCCGCUGAUUAUUCAGAAGAAAGCAGUUUCAAUAGAGUGUCUAACAAUUUCACCGACAAAACUUCACAACAGCUCCACAUCAGCGCGUUUCAACUCAACGCAGCAAAUUCGGAUUUGAAUCGACUUAGUGGCUCGAUAAAACUUGACGACUCAAAUGAUCCUUCAGACAGAGCUAGCAAUGAAACACAGUCGAGUAAACACACGUAUGACUUGCCAUACAACGACAGUGCAUCUUUAUUCACUAUCAAUGAAAACAUACGAAGUAGUUUCCAGAAACGAGCAUCUGUUAUCGAGGACGGAUUUCAAGGCGAUGCUCCAGCUUUUGGAGGACGAGAAACGGCUGGGAAAAUUUAUGUUUCCAAAAGCUUGUCCAGCUUCCAAAUCAGAGACAUGCGGCUGGCUUUACCCAUGGUACGCUGCUCAGAAGAGGUGAUGACCAUAACAAUGGCUGGAAGAGAAUACACACGGAUAUCUGUGGACAGAGUGGAUGCAGACCCACUGCCCUUAUUUCAGGUGCCUGCAUAUUGUGGCUUUUCUGUCAGGGUCACGUGGAAAGAUUUGGUCCUAAUGGCUCCUUAUGAUGGGUGCUUCAUCACAAAAGAGAAUGACAAUUAUGUACUUUCACUCUUGUGGUGGGACAGUCCCAUAAAAAUAACCUGUCCAAUGGCACCUGUGACCUCAAAUCCAACUCCCUCUGUCUUCUGCUCUGAAUUCGGCAUGGCCAUUGCAAUAAAAGGUGCUCAGCAAGCUGCAGAGAAACACAGAGUUAAAGUGAAGGGGAAGAUACUGCCUCUCCUAUCUGAGACAUGUGCAUAUCGUUUGCCGUCUCCCCCUGAGGUAGUUCUGCUUUACAUCCAAUUCAACACAGGAUGUGUGACUGUGAUGGGCAAUGAGAUCAAUCUUGUCAUCAUCGUGGAUGGAAAGCAGUUCACCCUUUCAUGUCCCUUUCCUCACUACUGGUCUCGAUUUGGUCCCUACCUUCAUUCUCCAUACUAUCAACCACUGCAGCCCAGUCAGAUACCCAGUACUUAUGAGUACCAGAAACCGCCUGGUCUCUUUCAUCUCAUGUUUCCCCAUCAUCAUCAUCAUCAUCAUCACCGUCAUCGUCAUUAUCCUGCACCUCCUGUGGAUGCUCUUCCCAAAUUUUCAAUAAAGCCAUAUCUGCCUCCACCUGUUGAGCAAAUGCCACAAAUGUUUCAGUACCCAGUUUUGCCUCCUCUGUAUCUUGAGCCGUCCAUUGAUUUGCAACCAACUACCCCUCCAGUGACUUCAUUUCUUCCUCCUACAUACAAUCCACCGACCCGUUCCGUCAUGCAAGAGAAGGUUUUCCCUCAAAUGCCCAUCUUUCCCCCAGCUCCCCCUGCAAAACCUUCCAAAACAUCUCCGUCACUUCAUUGCACAAGAGACAGAUUAAUUGUAACUUUGGCCUCAGCAACAAUAGACUCCAUUAAGGUCAAAGAUGUGGAGACAAAAGAAUGGAUCUCGAUUUCAUCGGUGUCCGCUGCCUGUAACUACAACCUUCGCUCUGUAGGGGAUAAUGUUGUGCUCUCUUCACCACUCCCUUCCUGCCACACAACACAAAAGGUGAGUCCUCAGUGCUGAGAUUUUACACAUUCACUACAUUCAAAUCAGAAGGGCUCUUUCAUAUGCCCUAAUCCCUUUAAAGGAACCCUUCUUUGCUCAAAGCAUCAUGGCUCAAAAUAGCCAUUGUAUCCUUUAAAACCCUUUACCCCAAAGGUCAGCUUUGAGCAUGUAUGUUUAUAAUGACACUUCAUUAUGGCGGCAUUGAUAAUUUUCACUCCAAAAGUGCCCUUUGGAGGG